GACUUCGAACGCUACAGCCAACCUCGAUCCGACUUAAAGUAAACUGUCAUUCGUAGAUGGUGAGAGAGAUUGGUGUAUAAGUACCUAGAUACUAAAGAAACAAAACCGGUCCCUCAACUAAAAAGAAAAACCAUUCUGUGGCGUAAACUGAAAUAUUUGUCAUUCGAGCGCGGGUCCGACACAUUUUCAUACCAGUAGGUAGACGAUAGAUGUGAUUUUCUUUGUGAUUGACACUUGUUUUUUUUGUGCGAGUGCGGUUUUUUAUUGUUUCCCGAGUCAUGGCUGACGCGGAAACGAAAGAUCGUUUCGAUCCAGAACUUAAAUUUCUUUGCGUGGAUAGGAAUAAUUACAACGACCCAGCCACUCAGGCAGAAUGGACUCAGAAAAGAUUAGUUUGGGUUCCUCAUGAAUCGCAGGGCUUUGUUGCUGCUAGUAUCAAAGGAGAACGAGGAGAUGAAGUCGAAGUGGAGAUCCAGGAGACCGGCAAGAGGACUACCGUCCCCAAGGACGAUAUCCAAAAGAUGAAUCCGCCUAAAUUCGACAAGGUCGAGGACAUGGCCGAGCUCACCUGUCUGAACGAAGCUUGCGUCCUACACAAUCUUAAAGACAGAUAUUAUUCUGGGCUCAUCUACACCUACUCUGGACUUUUCUGUGUCGUGGUGAAUCCGUAUAAAAAAUUACCGAUUUACACAGAAAAAAUCAUGGAAAGGUAUAAGGGAAUCAAAAGACACGAAGUACCACCGCACGUGUUCGCCAUUACAGACACCGCCUACCGAUCAAUGUUACAAGAAAGGGAAGAUCAAUCGAUUUUGUGUACGGGGGAAUCUGGUGCGGGGAAAACUGAAAAUACGAAAAAAGUCAUACAAUAUUUGGCGUACGUGGCGGCAUCGAAAUCCCCCAAAGGAGCGGGAGCGGUAAUUAAAAGUGGAAAAGUGACCGUGACCUACGCUAACAUAGUGGGUGGAUUAGAACAACAAUUACUGCAAGCCAAUCCAAUUUUAGAAGCUUUUGGUAAUGCCAAAACAAUCAAGAACGACAACUCAUCGAGAUUCGGUAAAUUUAUUAGAAUUAACUUCGAUGCCUCCGGUUACAUAGCCGGAGCCAACAUAGAAACGUACUUAUUAGAAAAAUCACGUGCCAUUCGACAAGCAAAAUUCGAAAGAACCUUCCACAUUUUCUACCAACUUCUAGCAGGUGCUUCCGAUGCUCAAAGAAAGGAAUUCAUAUUGGAAGAUCCCAGAUCGUACAGCUUCCUCAGAGAAGACAAUCACAUCGUUUCCGGCGUAGACGACGCCCAAGAAUUUCUCGGCACCGUUAAAAGUAUGAACAUAAUGGGGAUGACGAGCGAGGAUUUCAGCGCCAUUUUCAGGGUCGUAUCGGCGGUUAUGCUAUUCGGCAAAAUGGAAUUCAAACAGGACCGCAGUUCGGAUCAAGCCACGCUACCUGAUAACACGGUAGCCCAGAAGAUAGCCCACCUGUUGGGUCUAUCGGUCACCGAUAUGACCAGAGCCUUCCUGAAGCCGAGGAUCAAAGUCGGUCGCGAUUUCGUCACCAAAAGUCAAACCAAAGAACAAGUCGAAUUCGCCGUCGAAGCCGUUUCGAAAGCCUGCUACGAACGGAUGUUCAAAUGGCUGGUGACGAGGAUAAACAGAUCGUUGGGCAGGACGAAGAGGCAAGGCGCCAGUUUCAUCGGUAUACUCGAUAUAGCGGGCUUCGAAAUAUUCGAUUUGAACUCGUUCGAACAGCUGUGCAUAAAUUACACCAACGAAAAAUUGCAACAAUUGUUCAAUCACACCAUGUUCAUAUUGGAACAAGAGGAAUAUCAACGCGAAGGCAUCGAAUGGAAAUUCAUCGAUUUCGGCUUGGAUCUGCAACCGACGAUCGAUCUAAUCGACAAACCGAUGGGCAUAAUGGCGCUAUUGGACGAGGAAUGCCUCUUCCCCAAAGCCACCGAUAAAACGUUCGUCGACAAAUUGGUAUCUGCCCACGCGGUCCACCCCAAAUUCAAAAAAAGCGACUUCAGAGGCGUGGCGGACUUUUCCAUCAUCCAUUACGCGGGCAAAGUCGAUUAUUGCGCCAACCAGUGGCUGAUGAAGAACAUGGAUCCCCAAAACGAGAACGUCGUUUCGCUUUUGCAAACCUCCCAAGAUCCCUUCGUCGUGCACAUAUGGAAGGACGCCGAAAGCUUGGGAAGGGCCAAAGGCAUGUUCCGCACCGUAUCCUAUUUGUACAAAGAUCAAUUGGCGAAUUUGAUGGUGACGUUACGCAACACGAAUCCGAAUUUCGUCAGGUGCAUCAUCCCGAAUCACGACAAAAGGGCCGGCAAAAUCGACGCCCCCCUAGUUUUGGACCAGCUCAGAUGCAACGGCGUCCUCGAAGGUAUCCGCAUAUGCAGGCAGGGCUUCCCCAACAGGAUACCUUUCCAGGAAUUCAGACAGAGGUACGAACUAUUGACCCCGAACGUUAUCAACAAGGGUUUCAUGGACGGGAAAAAGGCCUGCGAGGCGAUGAUCAAAUCGCUCGAAUUGGAUAAAAAUCUGUAUAGAGUGGGACAAUCGAAGAUAUUUUUCCGGGCGGGCGUGCUGGCGCACCUGGAAGAAGAAAGGGACUACAAAAUCACCGAUCUGAUUGUGAAUUUUCAAGCUUUCUGUCGAGGAUUUUUAUCCAGGAGGAAUUAUCAGAAGAGGGUGCAACAACUGAACGCCAUACGCAUAAUACAGAGAAACUGUUCGGCCUAUCUGAAAUUGAGAAAUUGGCAAUGGUGGAGACUGUACACCAAAGUUAAACCCCUGCUGGAAGUUACCAAACAAGAAGAAAAAUUGAUGCAGAAAGAAGACGAACUUAAACAAGUCAGAGAUAAAUUGGAUCAUCACGUCAAAACGGCGCAGGAAUUCGAACAGAAGUACCAGCAGGCGCAGGAAGAAAAAAUAAUACUUCAAGAACAAUUGCAAGCCGAGGUGGAAUUGUGCGCCGAAGCCGAGGAAAUGAGGGCCAGAUUGACGGCUAGAAAACAGGAAUUGGAAGAGAUAUUGCACGAUCUCGAAGCCAGAAUAGAAGAAGAAGAAGAAAGAACGUCGGUGUUGAACAACGACAAAAAAAAAUUACAACUCACCAUACAAGAUUUGGAGGAACAAUUGGAAGAAGAAGAAGCGGCCAGGCAAAAAUUGCAAUUGGAAAAAGUGCAGUGCGACAAUAAAAUCAAAAAAUUGGAAGAAGAUUUGGCUCUGAGCGAAGAUACCAAUCAAAAAUUGUUGAAAGAAAAGAAGAUAUUGGAGGAGCGCAGUAACGAUCUGAGUCAAGCUUUGGCAGAAGAAGAAGAAAAAGCCAAACAUUUGGCCAAACUCAAAGCCAAACACGAAUCGACCAUAUCGGAAUUGGAAGAACGUCUAUUGAAAGAUCAUCAACAGAGACAAGAGACCGAUAGAUCAAAAAGAAAAAUCGAAACCGAAGUGAACGAUUUGAAAGAGCAGCUGAACGAAAAACGUCUCCAAAUCGAAGAGCUCCAAUUGCAGUUGGGUAAGAGGGAAGAAGAGCUGGCCCAGGCGAUGGUGAAGGUGGACGAGGAAAGCGCGCAAAAGGCGCAAUCGCAAAAAGCGUUUAGGGAAUUGGAGAGUCAGUUGACGGAGCUGCAAGAGGAUUUGGAAGCGGAGAAGGCGGCCAGAAGUAAAGCGGAAAAAAUGAAGAGGGAUUUGAACGAGGAAUUGGAGGCUCUCAAAAACGAAUUGUUGGAUUCGUUGGAUACGACGGCGGCGCAACAAGAAUUGAGAUCCAAACGCGAACAGGAAUUGGCGACUUUGAAGAAGACUUUGGAAGAAGAGGCGCAACUGCACGAAGUCACCCAAGCGGACGUUCGACACAAACAUUCCCAAGAAUUGGCGGCGUUGAACGAACAAUUGGAGAACCUCAAAAAAUUGAAGGCGAAUCUGGAGAAAUCGAAACAGAGUCUCGAGGCCGAAAACGCCGAUUUAACGAGCGAAUUGAGGAACGUGGGAGCCAGUAGACAAGAAGGUGAAAGGCGUCGCAAACAAGCGGAAAGUCAGUUGGCGGAACUUUCGGCUAAAUUAGUGGAAGUGGAAAGGACCAAAACGGAUCUUCAAGAAAAAACCAUCAAGUUGCAACAGGAACUUGAAAAUGUGGCGCAACAACUCGAAGGGGCCGAAUUGAAAGCUUCAGCUGCAUUUAAGAGUCAAGCAACAAUCGAAUCCCAAUUCGCCGAAGCACAAGCCGCAUUAGAAGAAGAAACCAAACAAAAAUUGGCUCUAAGCUCUAAACUAAGACAAUUAGAAUCCGAUAAAGAAGCCAUACAAGAACAACUGGAAGAAGAAGAGGAAGCCAAGAAGAAUAUCGAAAAACAAGUUAAUAUAUUGAGCGCUCAACUGGCCGAUGCCAAAAAGAAAGCCGAAGACGAAGCCGAACAGGCUGCCAUAUUGGAAGAAAGCAAAAAGAAAUUGGCAAAAGAUUUGGAAGCCCUACAAAGACAAGUAGAAGAAUUAACGGUGGCCAAUGAUAAAUUAGAAAGAAGUAAAAAGAAAAUAGCUGCCGAAUUGGAAGAUGCCAAUAUCGAUUUAGAGACCCAACGCCAAAAAGUUUCCGAAUUAGAGAAAAAGCAAAAGAACUUCGAUAAAGUAUUAGCCGAAGAGAAAGCGGUUAGCGAACAAUUAGCCGCCGAGAAAGAUAUAGUGGAAAAGGAAGCUAGAGACAAAGAAACGCUGGUUUUGUCGCUGAAACGCGAAUUGGACGAUUCCAACGUUAAAAUUGAAGAAUUAGAAAGAGUUCGAAGACAACUACAAGGGGAACUCGACGAAUUGGUUAACAAUCAAGGAACGGCCGACAAAAACGUUCACGAAUUGGAAAAAGCGAAGAGAUCGCUAGAAAGUCAAUUGGCUGAGCUGAAAGCGCAAAACGAAGAGCUCGAAGACGAACUGCAGUUAACCGAAGAUGCCAAACUUAGAUUGGAAGUCAACAUGCAAGCUCUCAGGGCGCAAUUCGAACGGGACGUCCAAGCUAAAGAAGAACAGGCCGAAGAAAAACGAAGAGGCAUCGUCAAACAACUCAGAGAUCUGGAAGCCGAAUUGGACGAGGAAAGGAAACAAAGAGCGGCCGCCGUAAGCGCCAGAAAAAAGUUGGAAGGAGAUAUCAAGGAAUUGGAAAGUCAAAUCGAACUACACUGCAAAGUAAAAGAAGACGCGCUGAAACAGUUGAAGAAAUCCCAACAACAAUGCAAAGAAGCGAUAAGAGACGCGGAAGAAUGCAGAGCUGCUAGGGACGAAUACGCCGCUUCGAGUAAGGAAGCCGAAAGGAAAGUCAAGACUUUGGAAGCGGAAGUAUUACAAUUGACGGACGAUGUGGCUAAUUCUGAAAAAGCCAGAAGGGCGGCUGAGGCCGAAAGAGAUGAAUUAUUGGAAGAAAUAAACAGUAGUAAUAAUAAAAGUAGCCUACUCGUCGACGAGAAACGCAGAUUAGAUGCGAGAAUAGCAACGUUAGAAGAAGAAAUCGAAGAGGAACAAAGCACCAACGAAAUCCUCCAAGAUAGAGCAAGAAAAGCCCAAUUGACUAUCGAACAGUUAACCACUGAAUUGUCCAGCGAAAGAUCAGCAGCGCAAAAGCAAGAAUCGCAGAGGUUGUUACUUGAGAAACAAAAUAAAGAAUUAAAAGCUAAACUGGCCGAAUUGGAAACGGCUCAGAGGACAAAAACAAAAGCUACAAUUUCGGCGUUGGAAAGUAAAAUUUCUAACCUCGAAGAACAAUUAGAGGUCGAAGCGAAAGAACGUCUUGCCCAACAAAAGACCAAUAGGAAGUUGGAUAAGAAAAUUAAAGAAUUGGUAAUGCAGUUGGACGACGAACGAAGACACGCCGAUCAAUAUAAGGAACAAGUAGAAAAAGCCAACGCUCGCGUUAAGGCACUCAAACGACAAUUAGACGAAGCCGAAGAAGAAGUAACAAGAGAAAAGGCACAGAAACGGAAAGCGCAACGGGAAUGCGAAGAUAUGUUGGAAUCCCACGAAUCCAUGAACAGAGAAAUCAAUAAUCUUAAGAGUAAACUGAGGCGAGGAACUAUGGGAAUAUCAUCAUCGAGACUGAGCUCAACUAAAAGAGGUUCUAUACAAACCAGCGGAAACUGUUCUGGAGAUGAUUCCACAACGCAAGAUGAGGCGAUGGAUGGUGAUGACACCCCAAAUUAAACGUAUCUUUUUUUUUUUUAAUAAUUAUUACCGAAUUAUUAUUUUUUUUUAAUUGGUAAUUAACAAGAAUUAACUGGCAUUUACCUUGCCAAUAAAAUAAUCGCUUUUAUGUAAAUACUUUAUUUUUUCUAGUACUUAUAGGCGUAUUUAUCUUUUGUUUAGAUUAAGGUUUAUUUAAUUUCGUGAAAUUGAUUUUUAUAUGUGGUACGAUGAAAAUUGAGUUAUAUAAAAUAUAGAAUUUUGGUUUAAUAAAUUAAUUUUUGAAUUUAUAUUAUGAAAAAGUGAAAUAAUAUCGACUUUAAUCUAAACAUGCUUAAUUUCAUAUAUAAAAAUGGCCAGGAGCGUUUAAUAUUUAUGACUUAGCAUUUAUCGGGUGAGCACCGGUUCGUAAAACGGAUCAGUGAUCUUAUUUUUGACCAUUUAUUAUUUUUUUUUAAAUUCAAGCUUUUUAUUUAUACAAUUUCAACUUUAUAUUCUGUAUUUGUUGCUAAUUCUUUUUAUGCAAGUUAUAUAUUUUUUUUGUUUACCAUUUUUGCAUUAUUUACUAUCUACCGAUAUACAUACAUAGUCAUUAAUGCUUAUUAUAUAUGAUAAUAAUAUUAAUAAUAAUAAAAUAGUAAUAGAAAAUUAACCUUUUGAUACACAUUAUAUUUUGUAGAAUAUAUAUUUUGUAAAAACAUCUAUUUUAGUCGAACAUGAUUUUUAUAUGCAUGUUUUUGUAUAAACAAUUGCAUUUUGUAAAUACCUUAAGCGUAAUUAUGGGGGUUCAGGGUUCAAUAUUAUUUGAUGACUUGAAUAAAAUUAUCUAUCUAGAUCAUCA